CUGGGGUGCCGCGGUGAAGGGCCAGCGGCUGCCGGCCUGGCCGGGGGAGGCGGUGCGGGCGCGGUGCGGGCGGCUCCCGCCUCGGCCCCUGAGCCAUCCGCAAGGCUGCGGCAGCCCGCGGUGCCGGGAGCCGCCGGCAGCGGCUGCAAGGGGGGGCGGCUGAAGGAAGGGCCCGGGCCGGGCCGCAGUGACCGCCCCCGCUGUGCCCGCCCCGGCUGCCGAGACCCCGGCCCGGGCUGUGGGGGAGCAGGGGGCUGCGCCUGUGGGAACGGCGCCCAGAGCCCACCGUGGGGGCCAGAAGUGGGUUUGGGUUUGUUGGUGUUUGGGGGUUUUUAUUUUUGGGGUUUUUUUUUGUUUUAAAUCUAGCACUGAUAUUGACAGGACUAUUGCAUUGGCAGAGUAGGGCUUAAUUUUAGAAAUGCUGGAUCAGCUGUGAGAAAGAAAUGGAGAAUCCUGAAGUGACUGUGAGCAGCUGCAGUGCACAUGACGAUGAAAACCUUUGCAGCUACAAACGACACUCAUCAGUAUCACAGGAGGCACUUUUGGAAGACCAGCUUAGAAGGAAGUUAAAAUUUUUCUUCAUGAACCCAUGUGAGAAAUUUUGGGCCCGGGGCAGAAAGCCUUGGAAACUUGGGAUUCAGUUACUCAAAAUAGUAAUGGUUACAGUUCAGCUGGUGGUUUUUGGAUUGAGCAACCAAAUGGUGGUUGCCUUCAAAGAAGAGAACACUGUUGCAUUCAAACAUCUGUUCUUGAAAGGAUAUAUGGACAGAAUGGAUGAUACCUAUGCUGUAUACACACAAACAGAUGUCUAUGACCAGAUAUUCUUUGCAAUAAACCAGUAUCUCCAGCUGCCCAACAUCUCUGUUGGAAAUCAUGCUUAUGAGAAGAGGGGAGCAGAAGAGACACCUCUGGCUGUUUGUCAGCAGUUCUACAAGCGAGGAAUCAUCUGUCCUGGAAACGACACCUUUGAUAUAGACCCAGAGAUUGUGACUGACUGCUUGUACAUUGAGCCAACGACUUCACUAGACAACAAAACAAUGGGAAAGCACAAUUUGAAUUUCACUCUGGAUUUCCCCAGGCUGGUGGCAGUGCAGCUCAUGUUCAAUCUGAAGGCAAUCAACCUCCAGACCGUUCGUCACCACGAGCUCCCCGACUGUUACGAUUUCACUCUGCGGAUCGUGUUUGAUAAUAAAGCACACAGUGGAAGAAUUAAAAUAAGUCUAGACAAUGACAUAGCAAUCAGGGAAUGUAAGGACUGGCAUGUUUCUGGAUCAAUACAGAAGAACACUCAUUACAUGAUGAUCUUCGAUGCUUUUGUCAUAUUGACUUGCCUGGCUUCAUUGAUCCUUUGCACACGAUCGGUGAUUAAAGGAAUUUGGCUCCAAAGGGAAUUUGUAAGCUUUUUCCUGUAUUAUUAUAAGAAAGAAGUAUCUUUCAGUGAUCAAAUGGAAUUUGUCAAUGGAUGGUACAUCCUGAUUAUAGUUAGUGAUGUCCUAACUAUCAUUGGAUCAACUCUAAAGAUGGAGAUACAAGCUAAGAGUCUGACAAGUUAUGAUGUCUGCAGCAUACUCUUAGGAAUAUCUACUAUGCUUGUGUGGCUUGGAGUCAUUCGCUACCUAGGUUUCUUUCAGAAGUAUAAUCUUCUCAUCCUAACACUGCGAGCAGCAUUACCCAAUGUAAUGAGGUUCUGCUGCUGUGCUGCUAUGAUCUACCUGGGCUAUUGUUUCUGUGGAUGGAUUGUACUGGGGCCAUACCACGUGAAGUUUCGCACUCUGAACAUGGUUUCUGAAUGCCUUUUUUCAUUGAUCAAUGGAGAUGACAUGUUUGCCACCUUUGCAGAAAUGCAGCAGAAAAGUUACUUGGUUUGGUUAUUCAGUAGGAUCUACCUCUAUUCCUUCAUCAGUCUGUUCAUCUAUAUGGUGCUGAGUCUCUUCAUUGCACUCAUUACAGAUACAUAUGAAACAGUCAAGCACUACCAGCAAGAUGGCUUUCCAGAGACAGAACUUCAGAGAUUUAUAUCACAGUGCAAAGACUCACCAAACUCUGGGAGGUACAGGUUAGAGGAGGAAAGUUCUGCAUCUCUGUUCUGUUGUUGUAAUGGUUGUAGUGGACAUAUUUAAUGGAUUGUGGGAGUGUAUCAUGGAGGCUUUAAAGCAGCACACAUUGCAAGAACUUGACAAUGGAGUUGGUGGAAAACCUUAUUUCUGAAGACUUAAUUUUCUUUUCUCAAAAAACAGUGUAAGCCUAUGGCAGAAGUUUAUGCUAAA